AUGAAUAAUUUAUAAUUGACUCCUGAAGAAGAUCAAUAUUUUAGACAACUUUGGAGCACCUUUGAUCCUCAAUGUAUUGGAAGUACUAAUGCCAAAGAGACUGUGUUAUUUUUCAAAAAAAGUCAAUUGCCUGCCGAUAAAUUAAAAGCAAUUUGGUUGAUGGCUGUCAGAAAUGAGGAAAAUAAACUCUACACUUAAGAAUUUUUUACAAUCUUAAAAUUAAUAGCGUACUGUCAAAAUGGAUUUGAAUUGAAUCCUUAAUUACUUAUUGAAAAUAAACAAGUUCGCUUGCCUGUGUUUGAUGGAUUUCCAGUUCCUUAAUAGGUCAAUUCCUCUCCUAUGCUUGGUGCUUUUCAAUAAUCUAUUCCCCAGCCCUCUCAAAUUCCCAUAUCUCAAAUGUAUUAGACUGCUCCAGUUCUAAAUUAGCAGCAACAAUACAAACCACCCUUAGUACAAAUGGCUCAAUUAGAAAUUUCCAAUCAAUUUGAAAUUAGUAAUGAACUUUAUGAGAAAUACAGUUUGCAUUACUAACAAUAGGAUAAAAAGCAAUAAGGAUAUAUUGAAGGCGAAAGUGCUAAAGCGAUCUUUAGUAAAUCUGAAUUGUCAAAAGAGGUAUUAACAGAACUAUGGGCACUUGUUGAUACCAAUUAAAAAGGCUUCUUAUUUAAAAAUGAAUAUAUCGUUGCCAUUCACUUGAUUUCUUGCUGUAGGAAAAAUAUCCCACUGCCUAUCUAAUUGCCAGAGUCUCUUCAAAGGUUAAUUUCUUAAAGCCAACCUCAAUAACCUAUCAUAGCUAAGGAAUAUUAAGGGUAAUAUGAUGUUUCUUAAAUCUCUCAAUCAAAGGAUUCUAGAGUGUAAUCAGGCUAAUAAGGGUAAUACCAAUAGAACAAUGAACUUUAAGCAUUAACUAUGCAAUAAUAAUAACUUUAAAAUCAAUUAAGCCAAUUAGUGAUGCAAUUUUCAUAGAAUUCUAAUAAUUAGGCUUAAAAAUAGUUGAUCUAAUAGAAAGAAAACGAUAUCGAAUUUCUAAUUUAAUAAAUGAAUAAAUUAUAGUUAAUUUUUAACAACUUGAAAACAUAAGAAUAGGAACUCCAAACAGAAAUUUAGAAAUGUCUAACAAAACCAUAAACUUAAAAGCCUGCACCUCAAUAGCCACAAUAAUAGAUUAAUUACUCAUAGUCAACAUAUUUGCCUCAAUAAUUAAAUUAUCCUUAACAAUAAUAACAACAAUAAUAAUAAUAAUAAUAAUAUCAUGAGAUUUCGAAUAUGAAUUACUCUCCAAAUUUAAAUAUUAGUAACAACAACAACUAUCCCUCUUUAUCUAUUGAUAACACAAUUUACUAGUUAAAAGAUGGAUAUGAAAACUAUCAAAAUUAGAAUAAUGCAAGCUAAGAUAUACCAUGGUGA